CAUUUUGUUAUUCUCUCCUCAUUCGCAUUCAAUUGGUAAAUCGGCUGUUUAUUUUUCUAAUAAUACACACCGUUCUUAAUAAUUAUAUUAAUUCAACUUUUAUUGUGUGCAAAAGUGCUAAAAUCAACAAAAACGUUUUCCAAAACGCCAACAAAAGCGUAUAAGUUUCAAUGCAAACGACGUGACAGCGUAUUAAUAGCAGGAGUGAAACUCGGUCGACGGAGGAAGAAAACGGCAAGGUAAUGGACGAACCGCCGUUACAGCAAGCGCUAUCGCGCAAGGAAUCUGAAUACAUUGAUCAUGAUCUUCCUUUGCAAUCGCUCCUAGCACCCACUUACAUACGUGAUACCAACAACUACUUGAUUGAUUUUAUGGAAUCGACGCCGUUAGUGUUUCCCAAUAAACACGUGUCGGGCAAUAAUGCAGAUGUAUUGACCACCACAGCUAAUGCAGUAUCAACAACCGGUAGUGGCGGUGGUGGUGGUUAUAAUAUGAAAGUUUCGGAUCCAGUCUCACUCACGCCGGAUCUGCAUUUUCCCAAUACAAUUUUCCAUUAUCGUCCCACACCGAACGAUGUGGCUGUUAGCAAUGUGUCUAACGUUGCCGAAGCCACAUUAAGCGCCUUGAAUACACCAACACAAACAACAGCACCAAUACCUAUGAUAUUGACUGCCGGCACCAGUAGAACAGACAACAACGCCACCCACGCCUAUAGCCACAACAAACACACACAAUAUAUCACAUUAAAUAGUGAUUUCCUUAACGAUGGUGGCAAUAAACAAUAUUGUGUUGAGACGGAGGCCGUCAAUCAAGCUGGCGAUGAUGCAGCUGUGCAACAAUUCCUGCUGGCCGAUGCAAAUGUGAGUUUGGACGAUGCGGCGGAUUUAAUGAAUGCGGCUAGCGGUGAUGUUUUAUAUGCGCGUCAUGUGUCCAAUGCGCGCAAAGUGCUGCCACACAAAAAGCGUAUUUCACGCAAGUUACGUGUAUCGUUGAGUGGCGUGGACAAUGUGUUGACAGAGCCACCACUUGGUGAAGUGCAUAAAAUGCAGGACGAGGGGCGGCUGAAUGUGUCGGUGUAUAGUUGUGAGAUUUGUGGCAAUACAUCGGAUUCGCAACUGCAGUUUUUUGCGCAUCUAAAGCAACAUUAUGAACCUACGACGCCGGAUACGAUAUUGGCUGCGAUGAAGACAUCACUGGAAGCCUUGGAGCCGCAAAAAAUAUUGGCGGAGGAUAAGAAAUCCCCUAACGGUAAUGUCGAUCAAGUCUUCAACGACGUGCACUUAAAUUUCCCUGAUUUUACUGGCGUCGACGAGUCACCAAUACGGCAUGUUUUGAAUUCAGUGGAGGAGAGCAAUAAUGAAAUGAAAAUUUUGAAUACGGCGGAUAUGACUUAUGUGGCACAAACCGCAACGCCACCUUUAAAACGCACCGUCGAGGUGGAAUUCAGCGACAGCGAGGAUAUGCUAGAGGGCAUACGUAACGUCGUGGAUAAGGUUUCCAUAGAAGACACCUGCGAUGCGCUGGAUUUGAUGACAUCUAACGGCAUGCGUGGCUCAUGGUUCACCAAUGACAACUUCAAUGGCAUCACCUUCAAGAAUAAGGCAUACAGCGAUGUCUCAUUCACGGAACCACUACCACCGAUGCCCAUGAUGAGCAGUGCUGCCUUAACGAGAGCAAAUCAAACGUCAAAGGAACCAAACGCGUUGCCGCCCGCGGAAAAACUGCUGUCCUACCAAAAGUCUGAUGGUAGAAUACAAAAAAUGGAGCUCCAACUGCCGCCAGACGUUGAUGAUGAUGAUGAUGACGUUGUUGAUGGUGGCAAUGAUGUUGUUGCCGAAGCAGCCAAUCGUGCCACAUACUAUAAUGAUACAUUACCGCCCAUACACCUGCCCAGUGUUGAUGCGGAUGAACAGCAAUUGCAAUGCCAGUCCCCCGACGAGCCGACAACACCCACCGAUUUACUGGAACCGUUGCAUGUGUCACAAUUUGAUUUGCCUGAAAAUGCCAACGCACAAGUGCGACUGGAAAAUACACAGCUAACAACCGUUAUUAACAGCAAUGCGGUGGAGGAGGAUGAGGAAGAGGAAGAGGCGGAAAAUGUGUUCUGCAAGGAGGAACCCGACACUUAUGAUUAUGAGGAGAGCGAAGUGCGUUUCGUCAACUACAAGAGUAAUCAAAAGAAAUUCAAUUGCACGAAAUGCGAUCGUAAAUUCAAUUCGCGUAAUGCGCUCAAAUAUCAUCUACGCACGCAUACCGGGAUGCGUCCGCAUCAAUGUGAGACCUGCGACAAGUCCUUCUAUGCCUUAAGUGCGCUGAAAGCACACACGCGCACGCACACCGGCGAUAAGCCAUUCAAAUGUGAGUACUGUCAGCGAGAUUUUCGCCAAUGGGGCGAUCUGAAAUACCACGUCGUUUCGAAACACACUCAAGACAAGAGUCAUCAGUGUGAAUAUUGCGGCAAAGCGUUCUCACGAAAAUACUCGUUGGUGUUGCAUCGGCGCAUACACACGAGUGAACGGAAUUUCAAGUGUGAAUUCUGCAAUAAGACAUUCCGCGCGAGCACAUAUCUACAGGAUCAUCGCAAAAUUCAUACUGGUGAAAAGCCCAACGAGUGCACGAUUUGCUCGAAACGCUUUCGCAUGGUCGGCGAUUUGCGUCGUCAUGAGCGUAUACAUCAGCGCGCUGAUGCGAAAAAGGCAACUAAAAGUGCGAAAAGUGGAACAUAGUUAGAAGAAUAGACUGAAAAACAAAUAUUAUUAUGUAUUAAAUGAGGAAAGAGAACAAAACAUAAACACACAGAUACCCUCAGUGGCAGGAAUUUAUAAUUAUGUUUAUACAAUUAGACACUACUUGCAUUACAUUGCUAUUUAUAUAACGCAUUUGCGAUUCAUCAUCGACUCAAUGCGUCCAGCGACACGGCCAACAAUGUUAGAUUGCAAUUAAUUUGUAUGUAAGUUACAUAUGCAUUUGCAAUUCUGUAGUUUAGUCGUACUUUACAUACAUACAUAUGUAUAUAGUGUAUUAUUUGGCGUAGUAGCAGUGCUGGGUUCCAAUGUUGAAACUCUGUACAAUUCAAGGCGUAAAUGUACAAAAUAAAGCUAUUUUAUAAACAACAACCCUUACAAACUUACAAACAUAUACGAGUUGUAUGUACGCACAACGGUAAAUAAUUUUGUACAUUAAUUUGUCCAUAUGCAGUCUAGUAGUUUACAAUUAAGUUUAAAAAACAUCAAUGUAUUUUAUAUAGUCAUUAUGUCUUCAAGCAGCAUAAUUUCGUAUUUGAAAACUUCGCAACUCAACGAGUAGUAAAGGCAGUUGCAAAGCUUAUUUGUGGCUAAAUUAUGUAUAAUAAAUGGCGUUUGGGUUUUACUACCGAAAAGUGUUGACUAAAAUUGUGAAUAUUCUCGAAGUUCUUUAACUAUUCUGUAAAUGAUUUUGAAGGAUAUAACCGACUUGCGAGUCGUUGACCGGAUAUACAACCAGGUUCCUUCCUUUUAUGUAGAAGCAGCGCUCGUGGAAUAUUCCACCUGACUGUUUCAAUUUUUUUUAGUGAUGGUUCGGUGUAUCGAUGUUUCUUCAAAAGGCAUCGCAAUCAAAAACAUCGGUCAUUAAAACAUCGAUAAAUUUUUGAACUUUUUGGACUUAUUUCAAUGUUAGUAGAAUAAGCUAAGGGAGAUAGCCAGGAUACCAGAAGCAUAAAUAAAUGAAAUAUAGUAGUUAGUAUGUCUUAAGUAGAUAAAUUUUAUUUACACUUAACUUUAGCUGUCUGUUAAAACUCAAUAAAUAACAUUAUUUUAAUUUU